AUGUUAAGACAAGCACGCAUUGGUAUAUCCUUUACAGGACAACUUGUGUACUAUCAGCCUGUUCCGCUCCCAAAUUAUCCUCACUUGGAGCCGGCGACUUUCUCUUCACCAAAGGAAUGUCGUAAUGAUGCCUCCAUCCUCGACGCCGCCGAGCGGAACUCAAGAGUCCCAUUUCUCCUGCUUCCUGUUGAACUCCAACUGCAGAUUGUUCACACGGUUGUGGACAGCCCUAUCGAGUUUUCGCUAGGAAGUGAGCCGUAUUGGCAUACCUUCUGGGAGGACUACAAGGAGGACGAGGCUAAGCUCCAGAGAGGCUGGUUUCGGUAUUCAGCCGCAUAUAGCCUCAUCUUGACCUGUAAACGGUUUCAUGCGCUUGCCAUUCCCUUGCUCUACAGGACGGUGUCUCUGGAUAUCUCGCCUCACUGGUUAAAUUGCCCUCCCCAGGAGAAACUGUUCCGCACAGUAAUUUUACGCCGCCCUUUUCUACAGAAUUACGUCGAGCACUUGGCAGUAAAGGGAAAACCCCUAUGCAGCAAUAUCGCAAAGAUCGCAUGUGAGCUUCCUCGUUUAAGGACAUUGUCGAUGGAGCUGGCAAGAGAUGAGCCUGGGGUCUCAUCUGUGGGACCAACAAAAGAUCAAGCGAGAACCGCAAACUUCACGAAACUCCAAUUUCACAAUCUGCAUGCCCGACCUCAAUCCGUUAAAGAAUUUCUGGAGUGGCCUAGGCAACUACACCAGUUUGUCCUUAAUGAUAUGGUCUGUGAUGGUUAUAGCUGGGCUGAGGUUGAACCCGAUGCUGCCUACCGCUGGAAUCACACGCUGCUAGCCGACGCCUUGUCUCCUCAGAAAGACUACCUGACAGUUCUCGACCUUGGCUGGCUAGGCUACGAUCGAGAUCAAAAUGCCUUCCCAGUUUCGAAGUUCCCUUAUCUCCAAAGCAUGGCCUUAUGCGUGGCAUAUGAGCGUCCGAACGAACAAGCUUGUCGAAGCUGGCUGACGCCCUCGUUGAAAACACUUAUCUUAGACAUGCACACUAACGACUCUCAAGGUGGCCCUUUUUCUAACUUUAGGCAAAAUCAAGCUCAGAGCAUUAGGGAGUUUGCGAAGAUGGCACGGGAAUGGGCGGACGGAGGGAGAUUCGGCCUGGUGUGA